UAUUUGUCAUAUUCUUAUAAUAAAGAACUAAAGUUUGAUAAGGCAUUGUAGCCAGUUAAAAUGUUUGGUUUUGAUGAGGCGUUUUCAAAAUGUAUAUAUAAUUAUACAUGACAUGUGUAUAUACUAACAAUUAUUAUUUGUCACCAAUAGUUUAAAAGACUGAAUCCCAACAGCACGUGAAGUAGAAAAUGGCAACGGAGCUGAUCUCUUGUAAAGACCAACCAGAAAUAACCAGAUAUAAAAGGAUAAACGGUCUAUUAUUGGAAGCGUAUGAUAUGAAAACCGGAUACAAUGGUGGUGCAAAAGACAAGUACGGUAAUAUUUGCUUUAAUAAGGACCGUGUCUCAUAUAGGACAGUGGUCGAGGAUUUUCUUCGUACUGAUGUGUUAGAAUAUGUUAAGCGGAGAGAUGUUCGAUUCAGUGGCACGGUCCAUGGUGUAGGCAGCUUCUUUGCCGGAGUGUCCGUUUCAUCCAAUGAAGCAGACCUUUUGUUUGUAGUAGACAUUGAAGGAGCUCUGGAGGAUUGCAAGGAACUACCAGGUUAUGCAAAAUACCGUCUUUCAGGUAGCAGCUUGGAGAAAUGGAAAGACUGCACGACAAGCGACGGUUAUCUGAUGUCAAGGAAACUUGCAACUUUGUUUUACCAUUACGUGGAGGAAGCUUUAGAAUCCAAAUUGCGAAAUAAUUUAACAGUAUCAGGAACCGAUAUCACCCCAGAAGUAUGUCUGACAGGAAUCGGAACAAUAGCCUCUACGCUGACCGUCACUUACAGCACGACGGCAGUUAUCGAUAUCGACCUAGUUGUAGCAGUAGGCUGUGAGGGAUUACCGCCCUUGGCCACUGCUCCUUGGCUCGAAGGGAAAUCAGCUUGGCCAAAUUCCGAAACAGUCGCAAAAAUAAGAGCAUCUGGAUUUCAGCUUGUUUCAAAAGCACCAUAUCCAUUAAAUGAAGAUGAAGAAACGACACUGUGGCGUAUUUCGUUUUCUUUGGCAGAGACCAUGCUCCUACAGGAUUUGGACGAACACAUCAACGCAUAUGGACUUUGUACUAAAAUAUGUUUUGUUCUGAUGAAGUUCUACAGAUUAUGUUUCCUGGCUCCGCUUGAGAGGAACGUUACACCGGUAUUAAAAUCGUAUUACUUAAGGUAGUUCUGCACGUUAGGAUCGAAAUUUUUUCUACAAUGUAGAAUUUGAUUAAACUCUGAUUUUUCAAAACUUCGGAAUAUACUGAAAAAAUUGAGCAAAUGAAAAAGAUAGGGUCGUGUGCUUGAUUUUUUGCUAGACUGAUUUGAAAAAUUUCGACCUCAUGCAAGUUUUCAUAAUGGGAGUCUAUGGGAAAAACGCAAUUUUCAAAACAUUUUCGCGAAUAAAAAUAUUUCUACAAUGUAGAUUUUAAUGAAACUUCUCACAGUCAUAAUUAAAUAUAUGGCCUAUAAUAUGGUGAAAUAAAAUGUAUAGGUCCGUUUGCUUAUUUUUGAGAUAUUUGGCUACGAUUAAAGUGAACCGCCUAUUUCAAGCUAAUUUUAAGACAUUAUUUUGAAUUAUUUAACGUGUUAUAUGUUUUAAUAUCAUAUUUUAACUUUAGAAAGAAAGUAACAGUGCCAUUUUAAUACAUUUAUUCACAGGUUGCCCUUAAUUCAUAAACUGAUUUUCGUUUCCGUACGCCGAAUCCAGGCAUUAUUCUACGUUUUCCGGAUAAGUGACGUUACGCCAUCACUUCCGGUUUUUCAAACGUGCAGAACUACCUUAAAGGUAGUGAUGCUCUUUGAAUGUCAGAAGUAUCCGGAUCCCGCAUUUUGGACAUCUGACAAAUUGGCGGAACGUUUUAUGUCAAUGUACCGGCAGCUAUACAAAAUGAUAGAAGAGGAAAGGAUGCCAGAGUUCUUCAUGCCGGCGGUAAAUAUUAUGACGAGUCCUGUCCCUAUAAAGAGCAGUCUGAGGCAUUUACUCGAAAACCCAGAAGAAGCGCUCGAAGCCUGGACGAAAAGUACAUUAAAGGCAUUCUUUUUGAUUUUAUGACUAUGCAGGCAUUGGAACCCUGAGAAAUUCAUAGAUCAUAUGUAUUGAAAUAAGAAAUACAUAAGUAUUGAAAUACAUAAGUAAAAGAA